AUGCUGGAGAUCAGCGACGGGCCCCGCGGCCCAGCCCUCAACUUCACCCAUAAGCAUAUCCAUGUCGAAUCGCCCAGUUCUCUAUUCGCCGGCGCCGACACCACCUCCAUCGCCAUGCUCAGCACCCUAUACUACCUCAUGCGCGAUCCGCGCAUCGACACCAAACUCCAGCAAGAGAUUGACGCCGCCUUUGCAUCUGGCAAAAUAUCCGAGUCCGUCUCCUACCAGGAAGCCACCACUCAGCUCCCGUACUUCCGGGCGUGCGUCGAGGAAGCGAUGCGCCUGCACCCGGGCGUGGGGCUCACCGCGCCUCGAAUUGUGCCUCAAGGCGGAGUCACCCUUGCCUCCGACGUCUAUAUCCCCGCAGGCUACCGCGUGGGCGUUAACGCCGCCGUGGUACAGUACGACCGCGACGUAUUCGGGCCGGACGCGGACCACUAUCACCCGGACCGCUGGCUGGAUCGGGACCCGGUGCUUAUGGAUCGGGCGAUGUUUGUUUUCGGGCACGGAGCGAGGACAUGCAUUGGGAAGCAUAUUGCUCUUUGCGAGAUCUAUAAGUUGCUACCGGUACUUCUGUGGAAAUUUCAACUACGUCUGGUCGAGCUGGAGAAGGAGUGGGCGACGAAGAAUUUCUGGUUCAAUAAGCCGGUGGGAGUCAGGGUUCUCUUUGAAGAGAGAAGGGGUCUUUCCUCAUCGGGUUGA